UUACUAGUUGUUCACCAAAAUUAUGUGACAAAUUAAUGGCUAACCAGUCUCAACAUGGUUGAUGAAUUCUUCUUAUAUGCAGAAUUGAAGGGACAAGGUACAAGGUAAUAGUGCACAAUGAGGACCAGCUGGAACUCUCGUUCAUGAGAAUUUGGAAUCUCUCUCUCGAUGGCAAGCUUGUUCCUUUGGACAUUGACUUGAGGUAUGUUUUGCUGCGCAAUUCGUCGGGUUUCUACUCCUACGCCAUCUUCAAACACUCCAAGGAAUGGCCUUCUUCCAGCUUUGGUUCUGCCAGGCUUGUGUUCAAGCUUUCGAAGGACAAGUUUCGUUAUAUGGCUAUAUCUGACAAAAGGCAGCGUUACAUGCCACUCCCUGAAGAUCGAAAAUCAGAUAGAGCAGAUUCCCUAGCUUAUAGGGAGGCAGUAAGACUUGUCAAACCAAAGGAGCGUCAAUUCAAAGGAGAGGUGGACGACAAGUACCAAUAUUCAGUGGAAAGCAAAGACCUUAAGGUUCAUGGGUGGAUAUCCACAGAUAAGCGAUCAACUGGGUUCUGGCAAAUUACACCCAGCAAUGAGUACCGAUCAGGCGGACCCCUCAAACAAGAGCUUACCUCCCAUGUGGGUCCCACAUGCCUUACAGUAUUUCUGAGUGGACAUUAUGUUGGAGAUGCUUUGGAAGUAAAAAUUGCAGCCAAUGAAACAUGGAAGAAAGUUUAUGGUCCUGUUUUUAUAUAUUUUAAUUCUGCCUCGACUAGUGAUGCCAAAUCUCAACUUUGGCAGGAUGCUAAAAGACAGAUGAAAACUGAAGUUCAAAAUUGGCCCUACUGUUUCCCAGCUUCAGAAGAUUUUCCAAAACCAAAUCAAAGGGGUAGUGUCACAGGCAGAUUGUCCGUCCUGGAUAGGACCUCUAUACCUGCGAGGGAUGCUCACGUUGGCUUAGCACUUCCAGGAACUGCUAGCUCUUGGCAAACGGAAAGCAAGGGUUACCAAUUCUGGACAAGAACAAAUGAUGAAGGCUAUUUUUCGAUCUCUGGUGUUAGGCCUGGUACCUACAAUCUUUAUGCAUGGGUUCCUGGCUUCAUUGGAGAUUACGUAUAUGAUGUGUUGGUCAAUGUAACUGCAGACUCUCCUGUUAAAGUUGGUAAUCUGGUAUAUGAACCUCCAAAGGAUGGCCCAACGUUGUGGGAAAUAGGUAUCCCUGACAGGUCUGCGGCAGAAUUCUUUAUUCCUGAUCCUAACCCCAAGUAUAUCAACAAGCUUUAUGUCAACGAUACUGAUAACAAGUUUAGGCAAUAUGGCCUAUGGGAAAGAUAUGCAGAGUUGUAUCCAAAUGGAGAUUUGGUCUACGAUGUCAGCUCCAGUGACUAUAGAAAAGAUUGGUUUUUCGCUCAAGUUACCAGGCGUGUUGGUGACAAUUUUGAAGCAACUAAUUGGCAAAUCAAGUUUAGACUUGACCGCGUGCAUAGGACCAAAACCUAUAAACUAAGAGUGGCACUAGCAAGUGAAAGCCUAUCUGAUUUGGAGGUUCGGAUUAAUAAUGAGAACUCAUAUCGUCCUAUGUUUUCUACCGGAGUUAUUGGGACGGAUAAUGUCAUUGCAAGACAUGGAAUUCAUGGACUUUACUACCUGUUCAACUUUGAUGUGCCAGGCAGUCCGCUUGUGGCAGGGGAUAAUACCAUUUUUCUGAGACAAAGACGGGGCGGAGGCCCUUUCGUAGGCAUCAUGUAUGACUAUAUUCGUUUCGAAGGUCCACCAUCUUAGAUUGCAUCAAGUCCAUUGAGCCUUAGGCUUAUUGUUUUGGUUAUUUUCAUUCUGAAUUGUAUUGUAUUAUUUAUUUGUUAAGACAUAUAUACGUGAAGUUGACAUCUUAAUCUCCCCGUCCCAUCUUAAGGGCUAGCUGCUGUGGUGUUUUUCCCUUCAAGACUUAAAUUCAGUGAAGUAUUUGUAUUUAAGCCAUCUUCAAAUAAAAAAACAGAAAAUAAAUUACACCCUUCU